GCUACUUGCCUUCACCCUUUUCUGUCGCCUGUAUUCGAUUGGUACCUUAACAAAACACUGUAAUUUGCUCUCGCCGUGAUGAAAAACAGAUCAAGCCGCGCUCCACACUCUCACAAGUGCCCGGGCGCGCAAGUGACAUACCUCUCCGCACUCAGAUAUAACCAGGCAUACAGUCGCCUCUACGAGAUUUCAUUCCAAGACAGAAAAGGCAUGGAGGUUCAGAAACGUAGAUGUCAGUUCACCAAGCGUGAUAAUGUGAACUGAAAAGUGUAAGGCUGGAUUGCUUGUCUACAUCGAAUCCUUUAUAGUGGCACUUGACGUCUUUUUCCAGAGAUUAUCAUGAAAACAGCAACGAACUGACGGAACUAAACUGAUUGCUUUGAGGAGCCUAAUGGCAACCACCUGAAAUUCGAUGCAGAGGAGCUCCCACUCUGCGUCCGAGUUCCGGGACUCGGCGCCGGGAUGUGCAGUGAACAGGUAAUGCAGAUAGAGUGCUCUACAUCAGAACACCUCAUUCUGCCAUGCCCAGGGAAAUAAAAUGAAUUUCUCAGCAGAAAAUCGGAAAGCCGGGCAACUCUUUAACCCACAUAAUGAAUCCUUCAACGGAGCAGGCGACAUUGACAAUAGCAUAUUUUCCCACGGGAGCAGCGAGCUGGAGACCCUUUUCUUGUUAACCAUCCACGAGCCCACCACUAUCGCACUCACCAUAAUGUACAUCCUGUCCUUCAUGGUGGGAUUCGUGGGAAACGUCAUGGCCAUCCGCGUGCUGACCGGCCGCAGGAGCAAGCCUCUGUCAGGAGUGAGUGCCACCAGGAGUCUCCUGAUCAACCUGGCCGUGUGCGACCUGAUGGUUGUGCUCAUAUGUAUGCCCAUCACUCUGGGCCACAAGAUCUACACGGCCUGGGUGUACGGGGACUUCCUGUGCCGGGCGGUGCCUUUCACGCAGGCCGCGUCAGUGUCGGCCAGCGUCCUGAGCCUGACCGUGAUCAGCGUGAACCGCUACUACAGCGUGCACAGCCCGCUGAACGCCCGCUCAUUCUUCACACAGCGGAAGAUCGUCUGGACCAUCGUGGUGGUGUGGGUGUUAUCCUCAGCCAUCUGUUCGCCCCUCAUCUUCAUGAACAAGCGCGAUGAGAUACCACUAAUUGGGGACAUUGUGCUGCCCAUAUGCCAGGAGAUCUGGCCUCAGGCCAGGCACAAGCAGGUUUACAACGUCCUCCUCUUCGUCACACUUUACUGCAUACCGGUGACUUUCAACCUGGUCAUCAGCUUCCUCACAGGGAAGAAGCUCUGGAAGGCCUCCCACAACUUCGACAACUUCGACCCCCAGAGCCAGGUGGUGCACUCCUCGCGCCUGAAGAUGCGCAAGAAGAUUGCCAAGAUGGUGGUGGCCCUGGUGCUGCUCUUCGCCGUCUCCUGGCUGCCCUUGUACAUGACGGACAUCUGGAUCGACCACGUGCAGCGCCCCCCGCACUGGGUCUUGCAGUUACGGCCGUUUGCCCAGUGGCUGGGCCUGACCAACUCCAGCCUGAACCCCAUAUGCUACUGCUUCAUCGGCGACCUCUACCGCUCGGCCAAAGUCAUCAAGACCAAAUACCACCAGAGGCUCAUAUCGCUGCUCAGUUCUUCGUCCAGCAGCAGCAGCAUACCCAGGAUGUUCUCCUUCAGACGGCAGAAGUCGAGCCAGCGGCCCGGGGGAGUUAACCAGUCAUCUGAAGACACCUUCUCAGAGUGGUGCUCUCACACUAGUGUGUAUGAGAACCCCAGUCAGAUGGUAUCUCUUCAGAGUCUUUCAGAAAGGACAGGGUCAAGGAGCACCUCUGACUUAACAGACCUGUAGGAUGCACCUAUCUUUGCGACCCCCCUUUAGAAUCCUGCAGCUCGAAGGCACUUGGGCAGGUUGUUGCAUGAAAUUAGGGCUUGUGAUGAAGUGGUCCUUGGGCGAGGAUAUAGUGGAGAUGCUUGACCUUAAAACCAGUGUGUGACGAUUCUCGUUUAGUUGACGUAGAGUUUUCAGUGUUUGUGUUUUAUGGACUGUGGAAAAAUGAAUGUGGAAAGUGGAAUAUUGUUCCGAAACAAACCCACUUGCAGUGUUGAGAAUGUACUUUGUAAGUUCUGGCUAAAUGUGUGGAUACAGUUUAAUUGAAUGUAAAGUCAAAGGCUUGCGACAAGUAGAAAAAAUAUGGAUUCAUCAACAGGACAUCAGCAGCUGUGUCCUGUCUAGUGUCCACGUCAUAUUAACCAUAUGGUAUACAUGGUAAAAUAAAAGAAUCCAUAAAUAUUCAAUGUCAAAUAUACUCAAAUUUUGUAUAUGAAGAACUUGUUGAUGUACUUCCAUGUCAGCUGUUUACGUCAUGCACUUAGUCUUGUACGGAUUCGGGAUACUUUGUUGUAGUGUAGUAGAUGCACUGUGUUGGUGCAGAUUUGUAUCCUAGACAUCCUCAGACUGAGAGCAGUCUGUGUUUCCUGUAGAAGGUCAGUGUGUGUGUGCAUGUACAGCCAUUAAGAUGCUGCUAACUGAGGCUCGGGGCCAGCUCCAGGCGAAACAGAGGGGUAAUGUGAGUUAUGGUCUGGCUGGAUUCAAGUGAAUUGUUCCAUGUUGAGCUAAAAAUGAGUCCUGCAGCAAUAUCUGCGAAGCCUUGUGAGUGACAUCGAGAUUGACAGUACAAUGCAUUAUUUAACAUUUAGUGCACAAACUCUGCGCUGGACAACAGAUAUGAAGUGAAGGCUUCCACUUGCAGACAAAAGGGUUCACAUUAAUAAAUGUGUUUAAUAUGGGCUUGGGUGACUGUUGACAUCAGGCUUCAUAUUUCUAAGACUAAAGAAUGAGCUUAUAGACUCAAGCCACUUAACCAACCAGUUCCCCACAAGGAAUAAUUCAGUACAUUUCGCAAAAAGUCAAGUGAAUAUUCCAUGUCUACAGUGUUGAUAUAAAUAAAACAUAGCGAUCCAAACAAUGUUGAUUCAAUACUUUUGUGUGGUGUUUUUACAUCAGCACUGUUUUUUUUAAUCU